CAGGAUUCAUAUCGCCUUCCAGAGGGUAUAAAGCGGAUUGCAUAUGAUGCUGAUACGCAGAAGUACACUUUCCGCGACCGCUCUGGUCAGCUAUACCAGAACCCCUCAGGAGAGAUGUAUGGCAUUCUGAAGGCUGUGUCAGCGCCUGCCACUCCUCGGCGCAGUGCACAACCACUUACAUCAAGCAUUGCAUACCUAGAACGUAGAGAUCCUGCCCUAAUUCGCGCACGUUCUGUCAAACGCCCCGCAAAGACUUUCGAUGAUUUCCUUCCCCCCGAAUACAUCACCAAUGCGGCGGCGGAGGACUCAAAUUCUGCACCCGGCUCUCCCAGCGAAGAGAUCGCCCGGGUGACCCGGAAACCUACGCUACCGAAGAUGCAAAGAGUCGUGGCGGUCGUGCGUCGCCGCUCG